GAUCUGCCAACAGAAUCAUUGCGUUAAUGAGUGUCAUGAGUAUACCAUCAAACUGAUACGGUGGAUAUGUGUAGUUGUCGUCUACGCGAGCACGUAGUUCUUGUCGAGUACUUUGUAGCGUGACUGAAAACAAUGUCAUUGAAAAAAUAAAUGUACUUUUCAUCAUUUUAAAGCACGUGAAAGACCACCCUUUUCGAAGAACAGCCCUAUCACAAUAUUAUCAAAAGCAAGUCGACCCUGUGUUGUUACAUUCGAAAGUCCGUGAGUGAAGAAUUCUUUUCCGAGCCAGAGUUCGUUUGCCUGAGUUGUAACUAAGAUGUACGUAUGGCGAAAGCUCCUUUUCCUGUUAGCUGCGAUACAUGAAGCGAGUGGCACAUGGGUCAAAGGACCAGGUAUCAAGUACUAUUUAGCUACAUGUGGCAGACAAAACUGUGACUCGGUAUGCGGGACAUUUGGGUUCCAGUGUGCUAGAACUGGCCAAAGCUUCCCGCCUACCUCCGCCUUAUGGAUAUUCCAGUCUUUGGGAAUCUCGUGUAAAUCCUUCAAUUCAACUGACUAUUACACAUAUCAAGACAGUCCGAACUACGUGGCCGAGUCGCCGGGAAAUGAGGACUGGGUCGGCGUAUGUCUCGGAUUCAAGUCUAUACCCAGUACCAUCGAUUGUCACACGGCCAAUAAUACUUACGUGCGCAGACUUUGUCCAUGUUACGACCCUUCAGUAACCCAGCAGCCUGUUACAACAAGCCUGAAUCUCUCUACUCCCACACAACGCAAAACCACCUCCACCACCACAAGCGCCGCUGCAACCACCGCGGCUUCCACCACCACCAGCACCGGAGAGGACAGGAAGACGGAGAGGACAGCGCUAAUAGUUGUUGCCGUUAUUGCUGCUGGCUUGGUGAUUUGCUUGUUAAGCUUAGCAUUUCUACUGAUGUGGAAAAGAAGGCAGUUGAGAGGGAGACGAAACAAGAAACAGGACAGCGAGAAGCUUCGUGUCGGAUAUCAUAAGAGCAACAACAAGAUGGCUGUGCCAGAUAUGAUAGAUGGGUUGACAGUGGUGGCCGACAUAGAAGAAGAAAACAGCUACUGUGACAUGAAAUUCGCCGGCCGAUCACUUCCCAAUACCAAGGACACUAAAGUCAAUUGUUUGGCGGAAGACGAAAGCAGUUAUGAGAACACGUUUGAACAAGUCUCUGAAAACAUUCUGUAUUCAAGCGUCCCUGAAGGAACCAAUAUGGCCUUUGCAGCUGACAACAACAUUCCACUUUAUGACAGAUUGGCCUAGGUACGUCUGUUGAACUGAACGCAGCUGAAAUCUUUGUGCCGACUCUGCUUCGAGGCGAGGGCAGCUUAAGAAUGAAGUCGAUAACGAUAAGACUGAAAUUAUUUGUAUGAAAUAGAGCAUCAAAGCUUGAGGGGAAAUCAAAAAUAUGAUUCAAAUCUUUUAGACAUCAGUAAAACAACUACAUUUAGGUUAAGUGCACUUAAUGAACGGAAGAUCGGUUUUGAUUAAUGUAGCUAGCGUAGGUUUUAAUGGUAGGUAGGUAGGUAAGACUUUAUUUUACGAGGGUAACAUUUGACAGUAUUA